UUCCAAAGCCAACACUUCUAGUCAACUAAGAUUCCGUCCUUUUUAUACAACUUUUCUCUCAUUCACUUUCAAUCUCCUAUAUAAACGAACUUCAUCCCUCUGGCCUCCCGAAACUUGUCUGCAGUGUUAACUGCCCCAAAAAGUUGCAGAAAAUUCCUUAAAACCACCUGAUAAUAUCAAGAACCAGAGCAUCAGCAUGACUCAUAAUGAGAUUACUCUUGUUUACGAUGUUGUUUUGGUUUUUCUUGCCAUUUUUAUUAGCGUUCUUGCUACUUUUCUCCUCUUCUUUUGCAAGAAGAAGCCAAUCAAAGCAGAGGAAACUCUGCAGCCCGCUGCCAGUUGCAAGCUCUGUGCAUGUUCAUGUUCGUUGAUGGAUAUCGAUUCUGCCACUGAUGGCUUCAACAACAGAAGAAUUAUCGGAAAAGGCAGAUUAGGGACGGUUUAUGCAGCCGUGAUGCCACGAGGAGAAUUAGUAGCUGUCAAGAGGAUCCAUCCGCGGCUUGUUUUGACUAAUGCAGGCUUUGGAUUUUCAUCGGCAAUCAAGUGUUUAUCCUUAGCUGAUCAUCCUCACGUUGUUCCCAUCAUAGGAUAUUCUGAGGCACCAGGUGAACGAAUCAUCGUCAUGGAAUUCGAGGGCAUGCUUAGUUUGGAGUUCUAUUUGCAUCAUAAUCCUGACGGGGCUGCACUUUUGGAUUGGAGCAGGAGGUUGAGGAUAGCAGCCGGGGCGGCUAGAGGGAUCGAGUACCUGCAUCAAGGCAUGGCACCGCCAAUUGUUCAUGGUUGUAUCAAGCCAUCAAAUAUUCUGAUUGAUGUGAAGUUUUGCGCAAGAUUAUGCGAUUAUGGGCUGCAAUUUUUGGCACCUAGGGAGCGGCAGGGUCUAGAGGGAUAUGUUGAUCAUGAGUAUUGGGUGGAAAAAGGAGGUGGUGCUUCCAAGGAAAGUGAUGUGUAUGGGUUCGGGGUGGUUCUGUUAGAGUUGUUGAGCGGUAGGAGAAAUGAAGAGGGAUUGAUUGCUAAGUGGGCUUUGCCACUGAUUAAAGAAAUGAAGUUUGAUGAACUGUUAGACCCUCGACUUGUAAUACCUUCUGAUAUUAAACCCCUUAUUAGAUUGGCAAAAGUUGCUUCAGCCUGUGUUGGGAAUUCCAGACCAAGUAGGCCUGCUCUCAGUCAGAUUGUGCCCAUUUUGAACAACUUAGAAGUGGAGAUGAGCAUCUGAUUGCAAUGCAGCAAUAUUAAUUCUUCUGUACAAAUUGAUGAGCUAGAAUUUACGAGGCCAAUUCAAGAAACUGGAAAUUCUAGCGGCCUCUGAUGUUGAUCUAUCUUUUGUUAGUGUGAAACGGUGGAAUCCUCUUGGACGGGAAUGAGUGAAUUCCAAGAGGAGGUUGGGGCGGUGGUUUGUCUUGUCUUGUAGGAAAGGAUGGUGACAUGGAUUGACCUUUUUAUGCGCAGGCAACGGAAGAUAUCUUGGGUGCGAGAGGGACACUUGCGUCUCCCAUUGAAUGAAUGCUCUUUUGUUGUGUACAAAUUUGUAGUGAGGACGCAAAUUCAUGCUUUUACCAAUUAAUUUAUGUAUCAAAUUGGAUGCACCUAGAAUGAUGAUGAAGAUGAUAAGGAAGCUAGCUAAAUAUGAGAAUAGGUGUUAAGACAUUCCAUACCGUACUACAGAUACUUUUGAUCUUGUACUUGUAAACUUUUUGAUCAUUCGGUCUAAGGCAGAUCCCUGUCUUGAUUAUCA